CGGGGCGAGUAAGAAGACUGGACGAGGGGACCGUUCAGCUGCCCAAAGCACUCGCUACGGUGGACCUGGCCGGCGCCCUGGACCUCUCGCGCUUCCCGUCCGCUCCCCGCGCCUGCACAGCCAGGUAAUGAGGCCGCUCGGAGAGGGACUCUGGUUCUGCUAGGCGGACCCACAAACCCGGAAAAGCGCGCGGCACAUCUCAGAGUUAGAUCCCUCCGGACACCGGACCCCCGGGCUGGCGCGGCCGGCAUGUCGGAUGCGCGGAAGGGGCCGGACGAGGUGGACGACAGCCAGUGCGACUCCGGCAUAGAGUCGCUGCGCUCUCUGCGCUCCUUGCCCGAGCCUACCGCGGCCCCAGUGUCCGGAUCAUCGCACAGCAGCUGCCCACAGCCUUGGAGCCAUCCUCCGGAGACGAACAAGGAACCAGGGGAGAAGGAAGAUGAGGAUGGAGAGCGGGCUGACUCCACCUAUGCCUCUUCCUCUCUCACCGAGUCCUUGCCCUUGCUGGAGAGACCCGAAUCCGAGGAGCCAAGCCCGGCCUCAGGCUCACCGCUGCCGGCCGCGGGAGUGCUGAGCCCUCAGCAACUCGAAGCGCUCACCUACAUCUCUGAGGAUGGAGACACGCUGCUCCACCUGGCAGUAAUUCAUGAAGCCCCAUCGGUGCUGUUCUGUUGCUUGGCUUUCCUGCCCCAAGAAGUUCUGGACAUACAGAACAACCUUUAUCAGACAGCACUCCAUCUAGCUGUUCAUCUGGACCAGCCAGAUAUAGUUCGGGCACUCGUGCUGAAAGGAGCCAGCCGGAUACUACAAGACCAGCAUGGUGACACAGCCCUGCAUGUAGCCUGUCAGCGCCAGAAUCUGGCCUGUGCAUGCUGCCUGCUGGAGGAGCAGCCAGAGCCAGGCAGAGAGCCAGCCCAUCCCCUGGACCUCCAAAUGAAGAACUGGCAAGGUCUGGCCUGUCUCCACAUCGCCACAUUGCAGAGGAACCAACCACUCAUACAACUGCUGCUUCAGAACGGAGCUGACAUUGAUGCACAGGAGGGCACCAGCGGGAAGACUGCACUGCACCUGGCUGUGGAAACCCAGGAGCGAAGCCUGGUGCAGUUCCUGCUCCAGGCUGGUGCCCGGGUAGAUGCCCGAAUGCUCAACGGGUGCACACCUUUACACCUGGCAGCUGGCCGGGGCCUCAACAGCAUCUCAUCCACUCUGUGUGAAGCUGGUGCCGACUGCCUGCUGCUGAACGUAGAAGACGAGACGCCCCAGGACCUGGCCGAGGAUCUCCUUUCUUAUUUGCCCUUCGAUGACCUGAAAAUCUCUGGAAAGCCACUGCUGUGUACCGACUGAAGCCAGGGCGGGCCCCCACCUCUUCCCACCUGGGAGCUGGGGCCACAGCUGCUGCGGUUGGCACCCACACAAUGUGCCCCUCUGCCAAAGCAGGGCCUGGGGACCGUGUGGUCCUACAGUGAGAUGAAGGGCUGCAAACAAACGAGGAAGAGUCGGUCUGGAAGGAAGAGCUUCCUAGGCAGACUGGAUAGAGAUGCCUGAAAGAACCUCAAAACCCCGGGUGUCUUGAAGGGAGCCUCCUUGCUUCUGUUGAAGACAGCAUGGGCUGAAUUUGCCAACCACCAGGAAAACAGGGAUGAGCAAGCCAGACCCUGAGGGCUCUUCCCUAAACCACCUGUGUGAGUGUGCUUGGCACUGGGGGUAGAGCCCAGAGCCUCCCCAGUGGUAGGCAAGCUCACUGUCCUGCAGCUCUAGCCACAGCUCUCCUUUCCCUUUUUCUUUUGUGGUGACUGAUUUGCCUGAGAUGGCCUGGGACCCACUCCAUAGUUCAGCCAGUCUCUGAACUUGGAUCCUUCUGUCUCAGCCUCCUGAGUAGCUGGGAUGAUAUAUCUGGCGGCAGUGGGCCUGGAAAAACACACUCAUCUAAAGACUUCAUAUGUAAGGCUCCAAACUGAGCCUUUGGAAAGGGAGAAUUCUAUAAUAUGACACUAAAAUGGAAGAGAGAAAAAAAAAAAAAAGUAGUUUUCCUUCUACAGUUGUUAGUACAGGCAGGCCUGAACUGUGACCCAAAGGUAAAGGCAGAGAGAAAAAACUGGCCCCUGAGUACAGGGAGUAGGGCAUUGCUGGGAGGGUAGGAGGACUGAGAAUUCUCAGGCCAGUUUCCUGCCAGCACAGACCCAUCACCUUCCAGUGGAAAUGCCCAGGGAUGGAGAGUGAGAAAGAGGAAUAUGGAAACCUGUGUCCCUGGAGAAGCUUGUGGACAUUGAACCCAAGAGAGCUGCAAUUCUAUUUCUUUCCCUGUUAGAUUCCACACAAUGAGGGCCCUGCUAGGUCAGGCCCAUGACUGGCAUGAAGACCAGGAAAAAAUAACAACGCUUAGCGCUAAGUAAACGCAUUCUGUGAGUGAGACAGAUAUUAAAAUAAUACAC